UGAAAGAUGAUUUAACAGGCGAAAGAUGUUCCAACACAAGAGCUAAUUUUCAGAAUUUAAACAUCAGUUUAAUGUCUUUUCUCUUGUAGAAAACUCACUGAAUUUUCUUGACACUUGCAAAAACGAACAUUUUUGGCUCAAAAAUGCGCUUUAGCUGCAUCAUGGAUGCCAGUCAUGCAGCAGUUGUGUUGUGAGGAACGACUAAUUGAGAUGAGAUGCUAAAUAUGUUUUCUGAACAGUAAAGGGGCUCUGACGUCACGGUGUAGAAACAUUUUCUGCUCGCUCAGCUGGUGUGGAGCUCUCAGUCCGCCCAUGGUUCCGGGGAGCGCGAUGCGCUCCCGCUCCGUGCGCAAUGAUAACGGACACCUCCGGGAGUUUUAGAGAGGGGGGUUGAUCAUCAGAUCAGCUCGUGGCAACGUGGCACAGUCUCUGGCGAUAAAUUAAGACGAUUGGAAUGUGGAUUAUUUACAACUGGAUUAAAGUCGGUGCCAUUAAGUGACAGAAGAGUUCCCCACUAAUGUUUUGGGCUGUUUAUUUUCUGGAGCCAUCGGACAGUUUAGCCACGAUCAAAGCAAACAUCAGAGAAGAUGAGGCGUAAAGUUGGUUAGAGAACCAUGCGCUUUCUGAAUAAAUGGAGAGAUGGUGCUCCUCUUCAGUCGACUUCUCCUCUUCUCUCAUCGGCUCAGAGGAGCAUCCAUUUGCCUGCUGUCGCUUUUCCUUUCGUACUUGUGCUACUCCGCGCUGUUCUCUGACAGCACCAUCAUGCACAAGUCAGCUGGUCCGACAGCCGGUUGUCACAGAGUUGAUGGAGCCAAACGGCGCCUUCACAAAUCCCUCUCCUGUCUUCUGCGCGUGGACUCGAGCUCGAGCGGUGCUGAUGAGAGAACAGACCAAAGACGCGCUUCCGCUGCUCCCAUCCUAAAGAACGACACCCCAAGUCCUCCCAUGAGCCAUUUAAAGUUUGGAAACAAAAAGUUACCGAAGGCCAUCAUAGUUGGGGUGAAGAAAGGGGGAACGAGGGCUGUUCUGGAGUUCAUCAGAAUCCAUCCGGACGUCCGAGCGGCAGGAACCGAGACUCACUUCUUUGAUAGAAACUAUGCCAGAGGCCUGGAGUGGUACAGAGGUUUAAUGCCAAGGACACUCGAGAGUCAAAUCACCAUGGAGAAGACGCCAAGCUACUUUGUGACCAAAGAGACUCCUCGUCGGAUCUCUGCCAUGUCCCAGGAUGUGAAGCUCAUCGUGGUGGUGCGUGACCCGGUCACUCGAGCAAUAUCUGACUACACUCAAACUUUCUCCAAAGCUCCCGACCUGCCGAGCUUCCAAAAGCUGGCCUUCAGGAAUCAGAGCAUGGGAGUUGUGGACAUGUCCUGGAACGCCAUCCGCAUCGGCCUGUACGCUCUGCACCUGGAGAACUGGCUCCGCUACUUUCCUCUGGCUCAGAUUCACUUCGUCAGCGGGGAACGCCUCAUCACGGACCCGGCGGGGGAGCUGGCUCGGGUGCAAGACUUUCUCGGGUUAAAACGCAUCGUAACGGACAAACACUUUUAUUUUAAUCGCACAAAGGGCUUCCCUUGCCUUAAGAAGCCGGAGAGCAGUGGCUCCCCUCGCUGUCUGGGAAAGUCGAAGGGCAGAACUCACGUGCAGAUAGACAGAGACGCUAUCGAGCAACUGCGAGACUUCUACAGACCGUACAAUGACAAGUUCUAUGAGAUGGUAGGACACGACUUUAAAUGGGAAUAGGACGUUUUUUACAUGAAGGAUAGAGAUGGAAAUGGGAUGCAGACAGAAAGCUUAUGCUAAACACCAACUGUAGCUCUGCUCUUUAACACAAAGCUCCUGCACUUGCAGUUUACCAGCAUCCGCAUUCUGUUUGUUCCAGAUAUCAUUUCGGCUUUGGGAUCAGAUUAUUUCUGUUGGCGCAGAUAACUGCCAGCUAGAUUGCAGACUUUCUCAUAAAAGAGCAGAUUCCAGGGAAUGGGAAUAGCUUAUCUUAAAGUGUCCUUUGCAGACUUUAGGAGGAACAAAUCAAGGCAGGGCUUGAAAGUAAGACCUUGAAAAAUGUCAGGAAGUCUUCUGGGAGAGGAGCUGCAGUGCCGUGGGUGGACAUCCAAAAUGUGAGGCUGUGCAACCAGAACAAACGAUCUAAAAGUACCCAAACUUUUCCACUGCAGCAUCAUUUGGAUCAGGUAUGUGCAGAAACACUGAUGCUUUGUUUCACUAAAGUGUCUAUAUUUUUAUUACAAUUUAAUUUAAUCACUGAACUGUUUGUCCACUUCAUGAAAUAAAGAGGAAAAUUGUCCGUUUAGAUUUUCUUCAUUUCCUAAAGCUUUGUACCUGGUGAAGUUUUGCUGGUAUUUGCUGCAUGCCCAGAACUCUGUUGUUUGAGGUUUCUUAUAGGGGGUUGUUGCAUGCAUAUAGGGGCUGAUGAUAAGUGCAUGAGCGGGUGUAGGUGUGAGGAAUUUCAAUCACCCUUCAAAGACAAAGCAAGGAGCACUGAGUGGCGGUGGGUUAUCAAACAGAACCGUGUGUCACAGCAAAAGUUUGUAUUUGGUUACGGUCUGUGAAUACUAAGGCUAUAACACCACCGUGCUUCCUGCAAAACAAGAACAGAGAUUUCAUCUUCUGGCUUAGAGAAGAACUGGGCUGGUCAGGAGACUUUAAAGAGCAAGUCAACCCCUACCAGAGUCUAACUCCACUCCCACUUCAUGUUUGAAAAAUGCAACACAUGUUGUUGACUGGCAGACCGAGGGGGCGGAGCCGCUAACAAAUACACACACACUCAGGCUCACGACAGCAUUGUGACAUCAUAAUGUACCAGUUUACAUCAUAGCAUACUUCUUAGCCAAUAGCGGUGGCAGAUUUAAAUUAAAAUACAGUGCAGAGUUUUUACCUGACAAUGGCACAACACUGCCAGUUUUAGGUAGAAUAUUUAAAUUUUAACUAAGAUGCACUGAAGUGCCAAAUUAUUGAUGGCACGUGUCUGCAGCACGAUUAGACACUCG